AUGAAUGAAUAUGUGAUAGCGGAUGAUCUUGAAGUUAUGCUUAGAGAAGCUUUGGCUCACCUUGCUGUUGAAGGGAUAAUGUUAUGGGGAUUUUGGGAGUUGUUUAUGACCAGAGACAAUGCACAUUUGGUGAAUGCAGAAGGUGACAUUAAUGAAGCUAAAAAUAGGUUUCUAGCUUUGAAACAAAAAUGGCUAUCUCAUAGUCAUGCUCAUGUUGAUGAGCAAGGUCAUUUCAAUUUUAGAGGGUUUUAUGAAACUUAUAAUGUGGAAGCUGUGACGCCAUUAAAGAAAAUUGCUAAGACAUUUUUGCUUGAUAAAGGUGACUCUCCAAUGGUGGUACCUAUUGAUUUAUAA